UAUAAAAAAAACCCUUAUACUCACUUCUGCUGUAAGUGAAGAUGGAUCACAAAUGAUUUGCGCGAAUAUACACGCAUUUAUGUAGAUCAGGAGGCGCAUUCCCUUCACAAACAAAAGUAAUCCACUGCAUCUUCAGCGGCUCAGACGUCGGGAGUAAAUGACAACCACUAUGUUCAUUAUUACAUCCAGCAACAUUUCAAACGCUCAAUCGGAGAUAUUCUUGUCUAACUUACAUCCCUGCUCCAACAUCGAAACAAUGGAGGUCGGACUGUUACAGCUGAUCCGAGGUCGAGAUAUUCAGAAGGUAGCUCACGUUCAACUCAACCGGUGGUUGAUUUCACCUCUCCCGGUUUAGCGGUGAUGGAGGUUGAACGUCUUCUGGUCUCUGGAAAAUCCAUCUACUCUAACGCAGAUGAAGUCUGGCCUAAUCUUUACAUCGGCAACAUGGAUAUAGCUGAAAACUGCGCAGAGAUGAGAAGGCAUCGCUUCACCCAUGUCCUGAACUGCGCCCACAGCUCCAGACGUGGCGGUGAGAUCUAUGAUGGCAUGGGGAUCACAUACAUGGGCAUAGACGCACACGAUUCACCCACCUAUGACAUGAGCGUCAAUUUUAACAAAGCUGCUGAAUUUAUACAUACAGCACUGAAAGAAAGAGGCAAAAUCCUGGUUCACUGUCAUGUUGGAGUGAGUCGAUCAGCAACUGUAGUUUUGGCAUAUUUGAUGCUGAAACACAACAUGACGCUGGUGGAGGCAGUCCAGAAGGUAAAAGAAGGAAGAGGCGUCUUUCCCAACCGAGGCUUCCUCAGACAACUCAUUGACCUUCAUAUUAAAUUAUACGGCUACAGAAACUAGAUACACAACAGCCAGGGGAGACAAUGAAAAUUGGGGGGACAGGAGAAACAUGGACUGAUGCGGGUUUUAUUAUUUUUGGAGCAGAAACUUAUGCAGAUUGUUCAUUUGAAAUGUAUUUGAUCUCUUUCUGAUUUGUGUUGUUUUAUUCAGUUCAAAUAAUUUUAAAUGAACAUAU